GCAGGGUAUAUAAGAGAGCAGUGAUCAAAUAAAUCUCAGAUUAUCACAACACACUGAAGAAGUCUUAUUUGUCUCUGAUUGUCACCAUGGAAGCUGUUUUUCACUUCUUGAAGAAAUAUGUGGGACGUUUUGGGAUCUUCAAUCUUGUUCUCUUGACUCUGGAGAACAUCCUGGAUGAUAACUUUGUCUGUCCUUGCAAACGUAACUACAAUAUAGCGUUAUGUGUUCUGUAUGGCUUUGUCCCUGCUCUUGGUUGCGUCUGUUGUACUUUGUGUUUCGUGGAUCUGUCACCACAAAGAAUGACUGAAGAGGUGGUGCAUAGCUCCAGAUUUAAUGCACAAAGAAAACUGUACUCAGUUCUCACUGUACCUAUCUGGCUGUCCCUUUUUUUCUUUGAUGGUCGAUACGUGGCCUGUGCGGGUUCAGAUUGGGAAGCUGUAUACACUAAAUCUAACACUUUGGGGAAUGUAAACUGGUGCAAGCCGACUGGAAAUGAAACCUCAGUAUUGGAGAGUCAGCAGAGGACUCUGGAGUUGAUGUCCAUAUCUCAGUUUACAGGUUUAAGCCUGAUGAUAGUGGUUAUUGGUAUCUUAGCAGGGUUCAAGUGGUACUGGCAGAACAAGCCACAACCCAGCAAUGGAGCACCGGAGCAAUGCCAAAGAGCAGAAGAAUUGCCAAUGAUUGAGAAUCCAUAGUGACUCAGUGAUCACUGAAGGUACAUUAACCCAUGAGCCACCAGAACAGCUUCAGUGCACCUUGACAUACCACAUUUUACAAUUCUCUGGCAUUUUUACCUGUAUCUGUAUCUGUAUUUGUUUAGUGCUCCAACUAUUGUAUGUAUCUGUAUUCAUAUUCAUAUUUAAACCAAAAGAGGUUGUGUUUUUUUCCCUUUUUUUUGGUUUGGGGUUUUUAUUUCUCUCAACCAGUAUUCUCUGGAAACACUUUACAAGGUAAUAUUUGGUAUUGAUUUUUAUUGAAAUUAAUUUUUUUUGGAGACCCCUAUAAGCCUGUAUGGGGUGGCGACUCUAUAAAUAAAUCAGAAAUGCAUACACAUGACUAUUAUUGUAUUGUCUCUCUGUGAAUAUGUGGUAAAUAAAGCAUUUUGUGAAGUUUCA